AUUUCUUCAAGCAUUUGCAUCAGUGAGCUCAGUCCGCAACGAUCCACAAUGCAUGUUUGUCAGUGUCAUUUCUGUGCAACAGCUUGUCCUUGAGCUAUUGAGUUUGCAGAUAUGCAGGUGUUUGCGAUGAUGGAGCUAGUGUUGCUUAUGACAAAUCUGAUGUUGGCAACGGGUCGCAGCUGCUUCAUUCCAGAGCUCUCUGGUGCAUCCUCGGAGACAUUCAAGGACGUGCACAGAGCUCAAUGUGAUGCGAUCGCUGAGCAUGUCUUCAUUGAGCAGAUGCUUGUUUCAUCAAGCUCAGCCAGCGCCCAAAAACGCAGCCCCUCUCAUGUGGGUGCUUGUGUAGACCGCGCUUGUGAGGCUGCUGAAAUUCCUGGAUUGAUACCCUAUCUUGAAGGUCAUUUCUCAAAAGGCUGCCGAGACGGGCAUCCAACGACCCGACAUGCUUGGCCAGCAGAAGAUGAGCUGAAAGUUGACGGGUACUUCGAGUGGAUGGAGCGACUUGACAAGGAGGCGGUCUCGUGGAUAGAGAUGAUUUCCUGGGAGUCCAUCUAUGAAUGCCCAGCCGCCAGCUGCGCAAUAUUGGCAACGCACAGCCUUCAUCACCAAGCCAGAGAUUCGAGAGCAAGAGCUGUCCAUCAACACUUGGUUGAAUGAACUUGAUCAAUCGCAUGUGGACUUGGCAUGCGCUGCACACAGCCUCCUGCGCAUGGCUUUACGGCGAACAAAUCCUCCGCCACCAACGACAACAUGGCAGCGGUGCGCACUCUGCCUGAUGAGGUUGCAACACGGCCACUAUUUUCUGUCUCAAACGCGGCAACCACGCACGGUUUGCUCCGCAUGCUAGACUGGCCCUUAAAUAAGGUGUCAUUCUCUUUUGAGGAUCCCCUUGGCCCUGGGUCACAGAGUGGGGGUGUGCUGAAGACCUUGGAGCCCCGCUUUCCAUAGAUUUCCACUCAGUUCAUUUCACAUCAGUGCGGUACCUCGUUCAUCAAGUGAGAUCACCUGCAACUUGGAAUCCAGCAAUCAAAGACCAGUAACCAACUUUUGUUGAACAAAUAAAUUAGCCAAAUUCUCAGAAUGCUG